AUGGCCGCGCAAUCAACGGGUUAUACUUUUGAAGACGAAGACGACGAUGUUGACCCUUCUGAAUGGGAGCCGGAUGAGUUUUUAUUCGGGCCAGAUCAAUUCGAUGAAUACGGUAAUUUGGUUGCACUUGGGGGGCCUGAGUGGGCUCACAAGACUAGCGAUAAUGUAGGUAAGGGUAAAGGUAGAGCCGCAGACCCUGAUACUUAUAACGAUGGGGCUGGGAAAUUCUCUUUUAAUUAUUGGAAUUUCCCUCCGUCACGUUGGAACGGCGGGUUCGGGCCCGGUGGGGAAGGCCCAUCCUCGGGAGGUGUUUUCAAGCGAGGGCUUGAGACUUUACCGCAGAGGCAGGGUGACAUUGUUGAUAGUGAUAUCGAAGUGGAGCGGGAAGUAGCGCAUCUUGAAGGGUCGGGGGAUCUAGAGGUAUUGGCGUAA